AUGAGCGAGGUUAUAAUAACAGUAAACAAGAUCUUGGACAUCGGUGGAGGGCAGUUACAAUCGUUUAACAAAGCUCUUUUGGAAAAAAAGCUUUUCUGGAACAAAGAACCUUUCACGACCCUGAAAGGCAACGUCCAGAGAGUUCUCCCUACUUCCAUUAUCUACGGAGAUAAAGGUCUCGAUACCUGGUCAAGAAUCACGCAUCUAUCAAGUUACUACCAGACAAGAGGCGAAGCAGCCUUGUUUGUUGAGAAUGCUCAGGAGCUGGGACAGUGGAUCAAAAAGGGUAGUGUUCUGAUCGAUCUCGGCUGUGGGGACAUUCGUAAGCUCAUGCCGCUGCUGGAAGAGCUUGAUCGAUCGCAGAAACCAGUCGAUUACUUCCCAGUCGAUCUCUCGUACAAAUCCAUUGAACAGGCCUUCGAGCAGACCAAUCUAUCUGCUCUUUCCAGUAUCAGCGUCACCGGUCUGUGGGGAACAUUCGAUAAUGGCGUGGACUGGGCCAACCGCAACUGCGGUGAUCGACCGAGGAUAUUUCUCUCCCUGGGCUCCAUGUUCGGUAACGAUCAUUUUGAGGAUGCGGUGGCACGGCUACAAUGGCUACGGUCUACGGGCUUGCGUAGCGAGAACGACAUGGUCCUUUUGACACUUGACGGAACAAAGGAUGCAGACAAGAUUCGUGAAUCAUACGAUGAUACCGAAGGCUUGUUCACACAGCUCAUACGACAAGGGUUUCAAGACUCGAACCACAUCCUUGAUGAGGACUGGUACCGGCCGGAGGACUGGAAUCUCUUGCGCAAGCUCACCCAAAAACCAACAAUGCACCGUUUCGUCUUGCAAGCUAAGCAUGACAUCGAAAUCCCUAUGAGAGAUGUCACCAUACAUGGAGGCGAGGAAAUCGACUGCUACGAGGGUUUCAAAUAUGGACCAGAAGAAAUGGCACAGCAAUUCGAAGCAGCAGGACUGAGAGAGUGUGCGCGUUGGAAAGGUCCUCAUGAUGACAUCUGUCACUCGACACAAGCCACCGCAAUGUCUACUAAUUCAAAACACACCGAGGGGAGCCACCUUACGAAGAGCAAGAAAAUCUGUCGCCGUAACGUUCCCAACACAAGGGCCUACGUCAAUACCCUCUCGCCUGCCGGCCAAGUCAACAAAGUCUUAACAGACAUGGCAAACCUGAAUGGCGGCAACCACCUCCGUAACUGGUCAGCUUCCGCGCGCAAGGAGCUAGCCCCUAACAUGACAAUCAAAGUGGAGGUUUUAGACCCCAACGGCAACAAAGUGAACGUCAACAUGCCCAAGCUAGCCUUCUUCGUUGCUUCAUCGGCUUUCCGCCAGCACUUAGAGGCUAACCCAGAUGAUACCUGGGUCAAAUUCUGCCACAAGGACGUCUCUCUCAAUUCCAUGCGGACGAUCGCGAAGUGGCUGCGGACAAUCUGUACUGACCAACAGUACACUGAUAUCCCCGUACCCAGCGACGUCAAGAAGAGUCUAGAGCUGCGUCUUGCUGCGCAGGUGCUGGGAAUGACGCAAUACACGUCUCAGAUCAUCAAAGGUUACAUAUGCGGCCUCAUCUACCGUCCCGUGGAGGCACAGGAAUUGGUCCUGGUGGCUGAGCUAACGCGCAAGGAAACGGUAGAAGAUCCUAUCGUGGAUGCUUUAGCCAACUAUGUCGCGUACCUGUGUCGGUACCAUCUUGUCAGCAGGAACAUAGAAGACCAAUACCUGGCCGUCCUUGCCGGGGGUAAAUGUGCGAAGCUGUUGGAUGCCGUGAAAGACCACAAGAUUCGAGCUAUCGCGCAGAACGGAUGGAAGGCUAUAUGCCCUCGGCCACUGACGGAGGCUUAG